AUGGCACCGACUGUUCCCUGCUGCUGCGGACCGCGCUCGGCGUCUGUUCUUGGGACAGCUGCAGUUACAGUGGAGGGCAGACCCUUGCCGUCGGUGGAGCGUGAUUUGUAUCCGAAUGUGUUUGGGGCAGUCAGAUGCAUAGGGAAGGAAGCUCAGAAAGGAUCCCUACUUUUUGAGGACCUCCCUCCGGCCAGCAGUACUGACUCAGGACCAGGGGGACCUUUGCUCUUUGAUGAUCUCCCACCUGCCGGCAGUGGCGAGUCAGGUUCUCUUGCUGUGUCAAUCUCCCAGACCAUAAAGAAUGAAGGAAAAGGAGCAAAAAGGAAAACUUCUGAGGAGGAGAAUGGCAAUGAAGAGCUUGUGGAAAAGAAAGUUUGUAAAGCCUCUUCGGUGAUCUUUGGUCUCAAAGGCUAUGUGGCUGAGCGGAAGGGUGAGAGGGAGGAGAUGCAGGACGCGCACGUCAUCCUGAAUGACAUCACUGACGAGUGUAGGCCCCCAUCCUCCCUCAUGUCUCCAUCUUCGCAGGCAAUCCUGUGUCGUUAUAACGAGGAAAGUCAAAGACAUGCAGCCUUAAGCCUCAGCAAAGAGCAUAACCCAACCCAGUAUGAAGAGCGGAUGAGAAUACAGAAGGCUGGAGGCAACGUCAGGGAUGGACGUGUUUUGGGUGUCCUUGAGGUGUCCCGCUCCAUUGGGGACGGGCAGUACAAGCGCUGCGGGGUUACCUCCGUGCCUGACAUCAGACGCUGCCAGUUGACCCCCAACGACAGGUUCAUUUUACUGGCCUGUGAUGGGCUCUUCAAGGUCUUUACCCCAGAAGAAGCCGUGAACUUCAUCUUGUCCUGCCUGGAGGAUGAGAAGAUCCAGACCCGGGAAGGGAAGCCUGCUAUAGAUGCCCGCUACGAAGCUGCCUGUAACAGGCUGGCCAACAAGGCGGUGCAGCGGGGCUCGGCGGACAACGUCACAGUGAUGGUGGUGCGGAUAGGUCAAUGAGGCGCUACCCGCAGGUGUUGGCUUGCAGGUUCAUUCACGUGUGCACACUCUGUGUUUUGUGUACUCCUGUGGGGCUCCAUGGUUGUAAAUAAAGGUUUCUUUUUUUUUUCCUA